GAUGUGGUUUGGUCAUACACAUAUAUUCACCGCUGUUUUUCUUUGUGUGUCGUGUUGAGACCCUUUUAUAAGUACAAUAAACUUUUGAUACUGCACAAAAAUAUCUCGUACUUAGCAGUUACGUGCAACAUUUUAAAUCACGCAUUGUCUGAUAUGUUACGUAUGAAACAAACAAGUAACUCAUCUAUCUGAAUACUUGGUUAAAUGGAUUUAUUUAUAUAGAAAUAGUUGUACUUGUUCAGUGAAUAUUAAACGAAAAGAAAAAAAAGUGAGAAUGUCUGGAAAUACGAAAAAAGAAUCGCAGAAAGGUGGAUUUGGGAAACAGGAAAGCCUGCAAGCUGUUGUUUUCACAGAUGAUUUCGUUCACGACUUGAGGCCAGCGGAUCGCGUGUUUCCCAGCACUCUGUUGCCCAUCAUCUCUUGUCCACUCUUGGAUUAUUUAUUAGAAACGUUAGCUCGUUCACGGGUGCAGCAAGUAUUUUUAUAUUUGAGUAAUCACGUUGAAAAGCUCAAAACUCACUUGGACUCGCUAAAGAAUGUCCUGGACAAAAGUAUGGUCAUUACCACCAUUGUAUCAGAUGGAUGCAGAUCUCUCGGUGAUGCACUGAGGGACAUAGAUACCAAGGGUUUUAUCAGAGGUGAUUUUAUUUUGAUUAGAGGUACAGCCUUUACCAAUGUAGACUUUAGAACUUACAUGGAUCAUCACAAGGCUCGCAAGGAGAAAGAUAAAAAUGUUGCCAUGACUAUGAUUUUUAGAAAUCUUGGUAAUAUCAAGGAUUCAGUUCUGAAAAAUGAGUCUAGUUAUGUUGUUUCAAGUGCCAAUUCUAAAAAACUUUUGUUUUACAAAAAAUGUACCCCAAACGAAAAAAAAGUUGAAAUGGAGUUGCAGUGGUUCUUAGAGCACGAUAAAGUUAACAUCGAUACUGCUUUGUUUGAUACUCACAUGUACAUUUGUUCUCAGUCAGUCUUACCUUUAUUUGCAGAUAAUUUUGAUUUUCAGACCAUGGAAGAUUUUAUUCGAGGAGUUUUGAUGAAUGAAGAAUUUAUAGAUUCAAGAAUAUAUUGGGAACCUUUGAUUAAUCCGGAAUACGCUUUACCAAUAAAUUCUUGGAAGGCUUAUCAAAUGAUAUGCAGAGAUAUUUUACAACGUCAGUGCUAUCCUUUGGUGCCAGAUACUUUGCCUUUAUCUAUGCGAGAUUUUACUUAUAUGUCCAGAAGUACUUACAAACAUCAUACAUCAACUGUAUCUAAAGGGUGUACUUUACACAGCGAAGCAAUCAUUGGUGAGCACUCCACUUUGGGAGAAAACUCAUUUGUCAAGAGAUCCGUAAUUGGGUCCAAAUGUUCGAUUGGAUCAAAUGUAAAUAUUUAUAACUCUUACAUCAUGUCCGGUGUUAAAAUUCAAGAUAAUUGUAUUGUUACCGACAGUAUUAUCUUCUCAAAUUGUACAAUUGAAAAUGGAAAAAAAAUCGAGGCAUGCAUAUUGUUGCCCUAUGUUAAAUGCUCUAGCAACUACAGCGAUGUGUUUCUGGAAUUGAGCAGUGAUGAUACAGUUGUACAUACAAAAUUGGAACAAUUGUUUGAAGAUGAUGAGAAUUACUCGAGUAUUCUUAGGAAUGACGAUUCUAAAGUAGAUUUCGAUGAUGCAUCAUCAAUGUCAUCAGACUCCUCUGCUUGGUCAGCCCCAUCAUCAAGAGAAUCCAUUCCACUGGCAGUACUUCAAGAUGACAACGACUUAUUCCUCUCGGAAGUUAUUGAUAGUUUGUUGCGUGGUUUUGAAGACCAGCUCAAGUGCGAGAACUUGAUUUUAGAAAUCAACUCUUCUAGAUAUGCUUACAAUAUCAAUAUUAGACAAGUGUCGCAUAAUGUCAUCAAGGCCAUCCUCAGAUUACCAUUACAUCAUUACUCUAAAAUUGAAGCUGAUUCGAAAAACCAAAUGAAAUCUGCCGAAUAUUUUAAGAUUUUGAAAAAAAUACUUGAAUAUUUUAACCCCAUAAUUGAAAACUACAUUAAGACUGAGAACGCUCAAGAAGAUUGUCUUAAUGCCAUUCAAGACGUUGUCUUUACAAAUGAAACACUUGUCAAACCAUAUGUGAUACAUUUGAUAAAAUAUUUAUAUGAUCGUGAUAUUUUGGUUGAAGAAAAAAUUAUCGAGUGGUAUGAGCAAGAUUUCUUUUCUACCGAGGAUGCUCAGCUCUUUAAUACUGAAAGUGAUAACUUGACGCAAGAAGAGAAACGGUGCAUAUCUGCUUCUAUGCGAAAGGAAAUGGCGCCGUUUAUUAACUGGUUAAAAGAAGCUGAAGAAAGUUCUGAUUCACAGUAAUUUUUUUUUAACUACAUAAAUUUUUGAU